AUGCAUACAAAAUCAUUUGAAGUAGAAGACCCCAUAACCUCUUCGUUGAAAGGUUUCGCUUUAGCUAACCCCUCAUUGACACUAACACCUUCUGAAAAAGUCUUACUUCGUGAGAUUUCGAAGGGUAAAGUAGCUCUGAUCUCUGGUGGUGGUUCGGGUCAUGAACCUGCACACGCUGGUUAUAUUGGUAAAGGUAUGCUAUCCGCAGUGGUAUGUGGUGACAUUUUUGCUUCGCCAAGUACAAAGCAAAUUUUAAAUGCUAUAAAAGUAGUCAAUGAGCACUCUCCAAAUGGGGUUCUUUUGAUAGUCAAGAACUAUACUGGCGAUGUUUUACAUUUUGGUCUAUCUGCUGAAAGAGCAAGAGCUUUAGGUAUAAAUGUGGAAGUUGUAGUCAUUGGUGAUGACGUAGCUGUUGGCAGAGCCAAAGGUGGUAUGGUCGGUAGAAGAGCGCUUGCAGGCACCACACUUGUACACAAGAUUACUGGUGCGUUUGCAGAAUUAUACUCUGAAAAAUAUGGAUUGAAGGGAACAGCUGAUGUUGCAAGGAUCAUCAAUGAUAAUCUAGUUACUAUUGGUGCUUCUCUAGAUCAUUGCAAAGUUCCCGGUAGAAAAUUCGAAAGUGAAUUGACUGAAAAACAGAUGGAAUUAGGAAUGGGUAUUCACAACGAGCCAGGUGUGAAAGUUUUGGAGCCAAUCCCCUCUACUGAAGACUUGAUCUUGAAGAAUAUGUUGCCUGCUCUUUUGGAUCCUACUGACAAGGAUAGAGCCUUUGUCGAUUUUAGUAGGGAUGAUGAAGUAGUUUUAUUGGUUAAUAAUCUUGGCGGGGUUUCUAAUUUUAUUAUCUCGUCAAUUGUCUCCAUAACCACAAAUUUCUUGAAACAGCACUACGAUAUUAUCCCCCAAAGGGUUAUUGCCGGUACACUGAUGACUGCAUUCAAUGGUAAUGGGUUUAGUAUUACCUUGCUGAACGCUACAAAGGCCACAAAUUCCUUAAAAGAGCUCUUCCCAGAAGUUCAAUCUGUCCUGGACCUAUUGUAUACCCCAACAGAUGCACCGGGAUGGCCUGUAGCAGAGUUUACAAACAAGGCAGCGCCGUCGAUUGACAAAAAACUUCUAGAAGAGGAUAUUAAAGUUAAAAGUGCAGGUGACUAUGACUUCGCAGCUUUUGAAAAAUGGGUGAAAGCAGGUGCCGAGAGUAUUAUCAAGAGUGAACCUCAUAUUACUUCAUUAGACACCCAAGUGGGUGAUGGUGAUUGUGGUUACACAUUAGUUGCUGGUGUAAACGGUAUUGUGAAUAACCUUGACAAGAUUUCUAAAUCAUCCUUAUCUGAGGCCAUUGCUGAAAUUUCAGACAUUAUCGAAACCUCUAUGGGUGGUACUUCUGGUGGACUUUAUUCAAUCUUACUUUCAGGUUUCUCUCAUGGUUUGAUUCAAACUUGUAAAGAUUCACAGGAACCCGUCACUUCAGAAGUUUUGGCCAAAGCACUAGAGAUUGCAUUAGAAACGUUAUACAGGUACACAAAUGCCAGAAAGGGUUCAUCUACUAUGAUUGAUGCCCUGGAACCAUUCGUGAAAGAGUUCUCGGCAUCAAAGGAUUUUGCCAAGGCAGUUGCUGCCGCAGAAGAAGGUGCUAAGUCCACUGCCACGUUCGAAGCUAAAUUUGGCAGAGCGUCCUACGUGGGCGAUUCUUCAUCGGUUGAAGAUCCAGGCGCUGUCGGUCUUUCUGAAUUUCUAAAGGGGAUCCUGAACACUUUUUAG